GGGAGUUCUUUCCCUCCAAAUUAAGCUCACAGCAAUAUUGCUGAAGUAGCGACAUUUUGGUGGCCUCACUCUUAGUACUUAUGCUUUAUCUGUCGGUUUACAUGUUGGUCCGUUCGGCAAUGAUGUGUAACAGAGUAGCAGGUGUGAAUGGUUUGGGGGGCAAUAUUAAGGUAUUGCAGCCACCAUUGAUACUUGUGGGCCUUAAUACCUGAGCCAACACAAUAUAUCACCAUUUAUACUUGUAAUUGCAACAUUGUUGCUUUUACUCACAUUCUGUUGGAUGCCAUUUCACCUCUCUAACUGUUCACUACUGCAUCUCUUCUUCCAACCUGCAGUGAUGUGGUUAGAACACUGCUACCCAAGGUGAGUUCUUUCUUCUCCUACAUCUAAAUGUAUAUGUGGGUCAUAUCGGCAAUGAAUUCGGCAAUGAUGAUAAAAGACUAGCAGACUUGAAUGGAUUGGGCGGCGAUUCGUAAGGUGUUGCAUCCACCAUUCAUGCUUGUGGGCCUUAAUACCUGAGCCAACACAAUAUGUGACCAUCUAUACUUGUACUUGCAACAUUGUUGCUUUUACUCACAUUCUGUUGGAUGCCAUUUCACCUCGAUCUCCAACUGUUCACUGCUUCAUUUCUUCUUCCAACCUGCAGUAAUGUGGUUAGUUCAGUGCCGCCCAAGGUAAGUUGUUUCUUCUCCCAGAUCAUAUUCUACAUGUGGUCAUAUUGGCAAUGAAUUCGGCAAUGAUGAUAAAAGACUAGCAGGCUUGAAUGGAUUGGGCGGCGAUUCGUAAGGUAUUGCAUCCACAUUCAUGGUUGUGGGUCUUAAAACCUGAGCCAACACAAAGUAUCACCAUUUAUACUUUGUUUCAGCUUUGAUUCAUAUAUGGAAUUUCAGCUGUAAGGCAGUAAUUUGCUUACUUGACUAUUUGCAAUACUGUCACUUAUAAUCUUGUGCACCUGAUUCUUGCUUCAGCUUCACAUCUUCUUUACCCUUUUUUCUUUUCUUGCAUCCUUCUUUCUCCUUUUGGCGAUGCUGAUAUCUAACCAAAUAGGUGUGCAAGGUUGGGAGGCAUGGUUAAAGACCAUGCAGCCACCUGCAUAUUUUUCUACCUUACUACCUGAGCCAUUAUAAAUUAAUCUAUAACUAUAAUUGUGUUAUGAAUGUUUUCUUUUGUUCAUUUGCAGUCAUGGCUGGUGCAAUCUUUCGUCAAGCUUUUUCUUCACCACUUGUUGCCGAUCUCAUGACAUUCUUAGAAGAGGAAGAGGACUAUUGGGAAGAAGUCCAUGCGUUACUUAUCGAAGAAGGGGACUUCUCAUUCCGCAGCACAAUUUAUAAGCAGCCUUGUCGAACACGGCCGUUCACUGGUCAUCAGUUAAUUCAUGACAUAUUGAGUGGACAUCCUGAUAGAGGAUACCAACAUUUUAGGAUGACUACCACAAUGUUUAUAAGACUUCGAGAUGAAUUAGUUGCGAGGGGAUUUAUACAAAGCACUAGGCAUUUAACUGCUAAUGAGCAACUUGGUAUAUUUUUAUUUGGUAUAGGUCAUGGCGUAGCCAACAGAGUUUUAGCUGAAACUUUUCAACAUUCAGGAGAAACGAUUAGUAGGCAUUUUAAUAAUGUACUGCGAGGUGUGGUAGAACUUAGACAUGAGUACAUCCAACCACCGGCAUCUAAUGUUGGUGUACACCCAAGAAUAAAAGAUAAUCCGAUUUUUCAUCCAUUCAAGAAUGCAAUUGGUGCAGUAGAUGGAACACACAUUCCGGUGGUUGUACGAAAGGCUAAGCAACCAAGAUAUCGUUGCCGAAAAGGUUUUACAUCUCACAACAUGAUGGCAGCAUGUUCUUUCGACCAUCAAUUUUUAUUUGUAUGCACCGGGUGGGAGGGUUCUGCAGCUGAUAUGAGGGUGUUGCGAUGGUGUUGCGAGAGCGGCGGUUUCACAGUACCGGGAGGAAAAUUUUAUUUAGUCGAUUCAGGCUAUGCGAACACUGACCGCUUCCUCGCUCCCUAUCGAGGCGAGCGAUACCACUUGAGCCAAUUUGAUGUAAACGCACAGGCACGAAGGCAUCGAGGACCUCGAGAUUUAUAUAAUCAUCGUCACGCUCAAUUGAGAAAUGUAGUUGAGAAAGCCUUUGGGAUCCUAAAGCGACGGUUCAAGGUGCUGCGACAAGCUACACCCUUUCCUUACAAAGUACAGUGCCGCAUUGCCCUUGCCUGUUGUGUGAUACACAAUUUCAUAAAGAGGCAUCAAGGGACCGAUAGAUACUUCAACAUGCAAACGGACCAAUUUCCUACAGACGACCAAAAUGAUGACUCGAUACCUCCUAUUGGCCCAGAUGAGUCUCGGCGAGGUGACGCCCUUCGCACUAUGAUCACAGAGCAAUUGUGGAACAAUAGAUAGGAGGCUAUAUUAGAAAUGAUGUAAUCUUUAUAAAUUUGUGUGAACAUGCUUUGUAAUUUGCUUUAUUUAGUUAUGUAUCUUGCCUUCACCUUGAACCUUCACUAAUUGGUGUUUGAAAAUUUUUCGUAACCGGAUGUUUUUUAACUAUUUGCAUUGUUACUUGCAAUCUGAAUUGCUUAAAUUUGAAAAAAUAGUUGAUAAUUGUA